GGCGUGUGGUCGGCUUCCAACAUUCAAGCAUACAUAGCCCAAUUCAGUUUUACAUUUUCCGAGCUUGGAAGGUCGACAAAGCCCAUCCACUGCGUCAUGCCGGAACUACUACCUCCUUUGGCACCGGUUCCACCCCCGGAGGUGCAGAGCACCGUACCACCCAACGAAUGGGAGCUCUAUAUAGAUGCGUGGAUCUUGCUUCUGCAAGUACGCAUUGAAGGUCCUGAUUCCCAGUUUAAAGAAAUUGCCGCCCACGAUGAAACUGCCGUGACCUUCUUGACCUCCUUCUAUCAUCAAUCUGCCACCCAUGGCUCAUCUGGCUUCCAUGCCGGGCUAAAAGCGCGUUCAUUACGGAAGCUUUGCUUCUUGUUGACGAGGAGGUUCCUUCUGGAUGCCUCUGCAACACCGUCUGAGCUGCUUGAUGUACAUGUCCUUGCGAACAUGUGUUGCACCUACCCUUCGAGCGCUGCCAUGAAGCGACUAUUGUCUGAUGCCUGGAACAAGCAUCAAGAUACAAUAACAUCCAGCCUUGAGAAGGUCAAGACGAAGAUUAUCAGAGAGCUUGCCUCGCUCAACCCCUCGAAGUCUACGGCUAUCCUCUCUGACAUUCGCCUCUUGACUAUCCUGGCGUCCGCACUCCCCGGUUGCGGCCAGGUGCUCAUGACCGGAUCUGACUUUCUGGACACAUUCGCCGAUGCAUACCAAACACACAAACGAGUGGAUAUCCGCAGCGUCCUCGUAGCGAACGUCUACGUUGGUCUAGCAUCGCUUCUGAAGGGCCCAAAGCUGAACCUCUCCGCGCUGCUGGACCAGCUAUACAGUCUAAAAUCCAGCGCUGGCGUCGGAUCCUCAACAACGAAAAAGGAGCCCAGCCUCCUAUCCGACGUUAUAUGCAGUACAGACCUCCUAGUCCGUCUCGACCGCCAUCUCAGCACCCACCCCCAAAAACGAGGCCAAGACCUCCUCACCAGUCUACGAACCUAUCAAGAAGAAACAAAAGUCUUCCACCGUCGCCAUCAAAAACAAAAGAAGCGACUCCUCGACAAAGGCAAAGGCCGCGCUGCUACGGAUCUCCCCGCACCCGAAGACAUGCACAUUCACCGCAUGUCUUUGAUCACCCAAGUCCAAGAUCUUUUCCCCGACCUAGGCUCCGGCUACAUCACCCGCUUGCUAGACCACUACAACGACGACCCCGAAACAAUCGUCUCGCAUCUCCUCGACGACUCCAUCCCCUCUGAGCUCCGCACCCUCGACAAAUCCGAACAACUUCCUACAUCAACAUCAACCUCAACCAUCCCACACGACCCUCUCCCACCCCGCUCAACACCACCACCCACAGAGUCAACCCUCCCAGCCCGCAAAAACAUAUUCGACAACGACGUUGACCUUGCCGAACUAUCUGACCAGUCUGCCCUCCACCACGGCCGCCGCACCAACACCACCCAAGCCGACGACCUCCUCGCCGACCGCACCCACCACUCCGCGAACAAAGCUGCUAUCCUUUCCGCCCUAGCCACCUUUGACUCCGACGACGACGAACGCGACGAUACCUACGACAUCGCCGACGUCGGCGGAACCAUUGAUGACACCACCACCGACGAUGCCAAGGCCGCAGCAGAGCAACAACAAGAGGCAGAACUCUCCCUCUACCGCACAUAUAAAUCUCUUCCGGCCCUGUUUGCGCGCGACUCUGCCACAAGACGCUCACAGCCCCGCGCUUCGCUUAAGCGCGAAACCGGCAUGACGGAUGAAGCGAUCGAGGGGUGGGCAGUCAUGUUGUCGAGGGAUCCGAAACGGAUGGCUAGAUUGGAGGAUAAGAUGGCUUUUGGUGCUGCUGAUGGUGGGGGGUUGAAUCAGCCUGAGUUGCCGGCUACGUCGUAUCGGAGACCUGGUGCUGGAACGGAAGAUGACGACGAGAGUGAGGCAGGUGGGAGCAACAGCUCAAGAGGAAGAGGAGGACGCGGACGCGGUGGGAGAGGUCGGGGACGUGGUGCAGGCCAGCAGGGUAGUACUCCUGGGAAUAGUAACCCUGCUGUUGCGCGGCAGAGGAAAGAGGAGAAUAAAGCUAGUCGGGCGAAUCAUAAUCGUCGACAGCAGCGAGCGAGGAAGGUUGCGAGGGCUGGGGGGAUGAUGGGGUAGUUAGUAGUUUAC